UUCCUCAGCCCAGGAGCUCAGCGGGGCUUGGGUGGGUCUCCACAGCGGCGGUGAUAGUGACAGUGACUGCGUGAGACCCGGACGGAAAUGGUGAUGGCGAUGUCAGACAGUGGGGCGAGCCGCCUGCGGCGGCAACUGGAGUCGGGCGGCUUUGAGGCGCGGCUGUACGUGAAGCAGCUCUCGCAGCAGUCGGACGGGGACCGGGACCUGCAGGAGCACCGGCAGCGCAUCCAGGCGCUGGCGGAGGAGACGGCGCAGAACCUGAAGCGCAACGUCUACCAGAACUACCGGCAGUUCAUAGAGACGGCCCGCGAGAUCUCCUACCUGGAGAGCGAGAUGUACCAGCUCAGUCAUCUGCUGACCGAGCAGAAGAGCAGCCUGGAGAGCAUCCCGCUUACCCUGCUGCCCGCCGCCGCCGCCGCCGCCGCCGCCGGGGCCGCUGCCGCCUCUGGAGGGGAGGAGGGAGGUGGCAGUGCCGGGGGCCGAGACCACCUCCGAGGCCAGACUGGCUUUUUUCCCACCCCUGGGGGCGCCUCCCGCGACAGUUCCGGUCCGGGCGAGGAAGGCAAGCAGCGCACUCUCACCACCCUGCUUGAGAAGGUGGAAGGCUGCAGGCACCUGCUGGAGACGCCGGGACAAUACCUGGUGUACAACGGGGACCUGGUGGAAUACGAGGCGGACCACAUGGCCCAACUGCAGCGGGUGCACGGCUUUCUCAUGAACGACUGUUUGUUAGUGGCCACCUGGCUGCCGCAGAGGCGGGGGAUGUAUCGCUACAACGCUCUCUAUCCCCUAGAUGAUUUGGCCGUAGUCAAUGUCAAGGACAACCCACCCAUGAAGGACAUGUUCAAACUGCUGAUGUUCCCCGAGAGCCGAAUUUUUCAGGCAGAAAAUGCUAAAAUCAAACGAGAGUGGCUGGAAGUGCUAUACAAAACCAAGAGAGCCCUCAGUGAAAAAAGACGAAGGGAGCAGGAAGAGGCAGCUGCCCCUCGAGGGCCACCCCAAGUGACUUCCAAGACCAGUAACCCGUUUGAGGAUGAAGAAGAAGAAGAACCAGCUGUUCCUGAGGUAGAGGAAGAGAAGGUGGACCUCUCCAUGGAAUGGAUCCAAGAGUUACCUGAAGACCUGGAUGUCUGUAUUGCCCAGAGGGACUUUGAAGGGGCUGUUGACCUACUGGAUAAAUUGAACCAUUACCUGGAAGAUAAGCCCAGUCCACCUCCUGUGAAAGAGCUAAGGGCCAAAGUAGAUGAGCGUGUUCGACAGCUCACUAAGGUGCUAGUGUUUGAACUCUCCCCAGAUCGUUCCCUGAGAGGUGGUCCCAAGGCUACUCGCAGGGCAGUUUCUCAACUAAUCCGGCUCGGCCAGUGCACAAAAGCUUGUGAAUUGUUUUUGAGAAACAGAGCAGCAGCUGUGCAUACUGCAAUACGUCAGCUUCGCAUUGAAGGUGCCACUUUACUCUAUAUUCAUAAACUCUGCCAUGUCUUCUUUACCAGCCUUCUUGAAACUGCAAGAGAAUUUGAGAUAGAUUUUGCAGGCACUGACAGUGGCUGCUACUCCGCCUUUGUCGUCUGGGCAAGAUCAGCCAUGGGCAUGUUCGUGGAUGCUUUUAGCAAGCAGGUGUUUGACAGUAAGGAGAGCCUUUCUACAGCAGCCGAGUGCGUGAAAGUGGCUAAGGAGCAUUGCCAGCAACUGGGCGAUAUCGGACUAGACCUCACCUUCAUCAUCCAUGCCCUUCUGGUGAAAGACAUCCAAGGGGCCUUGCACAGUUACAAAGAAAUCAUCAUUGAAGCCACUAAACAUCGCAACUCCGAAGAGAUGUGGAGGAGGAUGAACUUGAUGACUCCCGAAGCCCUAGGUAAGCUCAAAGAAGAGAUGAAAAGUUGUGGGGUAAGUAACUUUGAGCAAUACACAGGGGAUGACUGCUGGGUGAACCUAAGUUACACAGUGGUUGCUUUCACCAAACAGACCAUGGGCUUCUUGGAAGAGGCACUGAAGCUGUAUUUCCCAGAGCUGCACAUGGUACUUUUGGAGAGCCUGGUGGAAAUCAUUUUGGUUGCUGUUCAGCAUGUGGAUUAUAGUCUUCGAUGUGAGCAGGAUCCGGAGAAGAAGGCUUUUAUCAGACAGAAUGCAUCCUUUCUAUAUGAAACAGUCCUCCCUGUGGUGGAGAAAAGGUUUGAAGAAGGUGUGGGGAAACCUGCAAAGCAACUCCAAGACCUGAGGAAUGCAUCUAGACUUAUCCGUGUGAAUCCCGAAAGUACAACGUCAGUGGUCUGAUUGUUUCGUUUUGUUUAUAUGUGUACAUAUAUAUUGCUUAUAUAUUAUUUAUAUUUAUAUUAAGUUGCAUUAGCAUAUUCUUUAUAGACUCAAACACAGCUUAAAAAUAAAAAGUGCCCUCUU